AUGCCUCCAACUAGUCCGAAAUGUGGCCGGCAAAGAGACCCUGCCUCCCCCCGGAGGUCCCGCCGACUGGCUAGGCAGCUUCCCGAUGUCGACAUUAGGGAAGCCGCUCGGGCCCGGCAGCGGUCCGUCUGCAAGUCCCGUCGUCAGCAGUCAGUGAAUGGCAUGCCGGAACCAUCCGAGACAUUCACUAAUUUGGUAGAAGCCGCGAGGGCAAGGGUUGAGAGUUAUGUGAAUGAAGGGAGACCGCAUGAAGAGUAUCUCCGUCCCUGCCUGAAGGCCUUCCUGGAAUGGUUGCCACCAGGAGGUCAGACCUCUGUGGCCAGGGACAUCAUCAACGCUGAAAAUGAUGACCAAAAGCUGUGGCAGGUGUUUCACGAUCUUCUCACCUAUCUCCUUUAUCCAAUGAUGGCAGAGAGUUCCAUACCCUCCAAACCCGAAUCGCCCUUUGACUUCAGGAAGCCCAAUCUUGACGUAUUUGCAGGGACGCUCAUCCAACCAGAGGUUCGAGAUCCCGAUUUCCGUGAUGAGUGUGCGCGCCGAUAG